CGAGGCUUGCGUGAUCCUGAGUUGCUGUGAAUGGCCCCAGCACUCCUGACCACUCUUCCGGGUAGGAUGUCGCUGAGAUCCCUGAAAUGGAGCCUCCUGCUGCUGUCACUCCUGAGCUUCCUGGUGAUGUGGUACCUCAGUCUUCCCCACUACAAUGUGAUAGAACGCGUGAACUGGAUGUACUUCUAUGAGUAUGAGCCCAUUUACAGACAAGACUUCCGCUUCACACUUCGAGAGCAUUCGAACUGCUCUCAUCAAAACCCAUUUCUGGUCAUCCUGGUGACCUCACACCCCUCAGAUGUGAAAGCCAGACAGGCCAUUAGAGUUACUUGGGGUGAAAAGAAGUCAUGGUGGGGAUAUGAGGUUCUUACGUUUUUCUUAUUAGGCCAACAGGCUGAAAGGGAAGACAAAGUGUUAGCAUUAUCCUUAGAGGAUGAACACCUCCUUUACGGCGACAUAAUAAGACAAGAUUUUUUAGACACGUACAAUAACCUGACCUUGAAAACAAUUAUGGCAUUUAGGUGGGUAACUGAGUUUUGCCCCAACGCCAGGUACAUCAUGAAGACAGACACUGAUGUCUUCAUCAAUACUGGCAAUUUAGUGAAGUAUCUUUUAAAUUUAAACCACUCAGAGAAGUUUUUCACAGGUUAUCCUCUAAUUGAUAGUUAUUCUUAUAGAGGAUUUUACCAAAAAACCCAUAUUUCAUACCAGGAGUAUCCCUUCAAGGUGUUUCCUCCCUACUGCAGUGGGUUGGGUUAUAUAAUGUCUAGAGAUUUGGUGCCAAGAAUCUAUGAAAUGAUGAGUCACGUAAAACCCAUCAAGUUUGAAGAUGUUUAUGUUGGGAUCUGUUUGAAUUUAUUAAAAGUGGACAUUCAUAUUCCAGAAGACACCAACCUUUUCUUUUUAUAUAGGAUCCAUUUGGAUGUCUGUCAACUCAGACGCGUGAUUGCAGCCCAUGGCUUUUCUUCCAAGGAAAUUAUCACGUUUUGGCAGGUUAUGCUAAGGAACACCACAUGCCAUUAUUAAUUUGACCAUUCUACCCAAAGCCUAGAGAAGGGAGGGAUACUUUAUGGAAAACAUUAAAGUUAGACUAUGAACUCUCCAAUGGAAAACUCAUGGGAAGGUCACUGUGUGGCUUACACAGAACUGAAACUCAGGAAGAGGCUAUAGGCUGGAGACGGGAGGGUUGUACUUGACCUGUGGUUUAUUUUGACAACAAUCAAGUCAGGCCUUUUAAAGAUGAUAUUCAGAGGAAUUAAACAUCUUAUAAAGGAAUGGGAAGUUUUUGUUAAUAAAACUCAUAGGACCAAACAAUUUGAACGUGUCAUUCUAUAGAUUAAAACUUCUUAAAUGGGUUUCAUUGAAUUAUAAGCUCAUUUGUCCAUAACAACAAAGCGGUGUGGAGUAUUAUUCAUUGAACAGUCUAGUCAGUUCAGGGGUUUGUGUAUAUCUUACAUGGAUGACGGUUUUUUAAAAUAUAUAGUUGUGUGUAAAACAAGUGAAGUUAUGCUGAACAAAAUUUCAUCUCUUUUUUGUCAUUCGGAAGAUACUUCAGGAUGUUGCAGUAUUUCAGUUAUCAAUUAUUAUUUAAUGUUACUUAAAGUUUUGCACUUUUAUGGGUGUUUGAAUGUUAUGGUUGUUUCAAUACUGUAUAAACAGAAUAGUGAAAAAUCACUCUUUAUAUUUAAACUUCUUUUCCAAUUACUUCACUGAUGAGUUUAUUAUGAAUAGCUCCAUUAAUGUGUAGAUAUUGGUCAUUAUUGCAUAUCAGUAAUCUCCUGAACUUUGAUAAAUAUUUCUUCGUGGUAAUAUAGAGAAGAAUUAAA